AUGUCAGCUACUAUUCUCAGCAAGACUAAACGAUCAGGUGCAUCUACUAUUGUAGGAUUACUGGCGUGUCAAGCAGACUCAUAUCUCCAGUCAUUAAAGACUCGAGUCGUUUCUUGCAACAAAGCAGAUAAGGAUCUUGGAUAUGAAGUAGAGUUUGAAAAUACUGUUUUAUUUCCAGAGGGUGGUGGCCAGCCUUUUGAUACUGGUGUAGUAGUUGCCAAUGGAAAAGAGAUUCCUGUAUCGAACGUUCAACGAGAUGGAUUGACGGCCGUUCAUAUUGUCCAAGAAGAACUCGUCAAGGACUCCGAGGUCGAAUUAAAGGUAGAUUGGGCUCGUCGUUGGGAUCAUAUGCAACAGCAUACUGGUCAACAUGUUCUCUCAGCUGUUUUAGAUAGAAGAAAUAUCGAGACUCUAGGAUGGAACUUGGGUCCUAAAUUCUGUUAUAUCGAACUGCCAAGAAAGCUGUCUUCUGAAGAGGUCAGUGAUGUGCAACAAGAAUGCAAUGAUUAUAUUUUCAAGUCUUUACCUAUCAAAGUCGAGCAGCAUCAGGAUAAGGCUACUACAGAUACUAUUGAUCACAAGGUGCCAGAAAAUUACGACCUGUCAAAAGGAGUCAUGAGAGUAGUUCACAUCUCUGACCUCGAUGCCAACCCAUGCUGUGGAACUCAUUUGGCAAACACUUCGCAUAUUGGCACUAUUGCUCUACUUCACAGUCAACCUAUCCGUGGUACGAAUUCUAGAUUGUUUUUCCUAGCGGGUGACCGUGUUGCACGAUAUGCUGCCGAAAUCAAUGAAAUUGUUCGCAAGGCAAAUGCCGCCUUGUCGUGCCAAACCGAAGAUAUCGAAGAGAAGAUUAAUGGACUUAAUAACCGGAUCAAGGAACUAAAUGCAAAGGAAAGAGCUUGGUCUGCCCAAGUCGCCAAGUACGAAGCUGGUGAUAUCAGGCACCAACUUGAAGCCAACAAGUUUGCCAUUCUUUAUAAACAAGAUGGCACAAAUGACUACCUUCGUUUAGUAGAGAAGGAACUUGGAAAGUUGAAAGCCGGUGAGGGUACUGUUCUUCUGUUCACCGGGCUUGGCAAACAAGGAGGCUCCAUUGUGCUGUAUGGAGAUGAAGCUGAUGCUUACGCUGUCAAGGUCAAGGAGCUCGUUAAGAACGUCAAGGGCGGUGGUAAAGGUAGAUUCCAAGGGAAAGUAACUGCAUGGGAGAAAGGAGAAAUAGACUCCCUUCUAAAAAUAUCCCUAUAG